GAAGCAGUUUUGUGAAGCAGCUUUGGAAACAGCUCCGAGAAGCAGUUUCGGGAGGCAGCCUCGGGAAACAGCUUCGAGCCUCCCGGCGCGGUGCCCCCAUCCCACCCCCGCCCGGCUCUGUCCCCGCCUGCCGCUGCCGGGGGAGGAGAAGGAGCCGCACUCGGCGGGCGGGGCCGCCCCCGCCUCCCCCCGCGCCGCCGAGGCCAGCGCGAAGAUGGAUGGACACCUCCUGGGCUGGAUCGUCCUCCUGUGGCUCGCAGCUGAGGUGGAAGGGUUGCAGGUCACCGUGCCUGAGAAGAAGAAGGUGGCCAUGUUAUUUCAGCCUGCUCUGCUUCGCUGCCAUUUUUCUACUUCUUCCACCCAACCAGCUGUGGUGCAGUGGAGGUAUAAAUCUUACUGCCAGGACCGGAUGGGAGAAGCUUUGGGUAUGGUGACUUCUGGUUUACAAACGAUGAGCAAGAGGAACCUGGACUGGGAUCCCUAUCUGGACUGUGUGGACAGCAGGCGGACAGUCCGUGUCGUGGCCUCCAAACAAGGAUCUGCUGUCACUAUAGGGGACUUCUAUAAGGAAAGAGACGUCAGCAUUGUCCAUGAUGCGGAUCUUCAGAUUGGGAAGCUGAUGUGGGGAGACAGUGGGCUUUAUUACUGCCUUAUUAUCACACCAGAUGAUGUGGAGGGCAAGAAUGAAGAAUCAGUGGAGCUGCUUGUACUUGGCAGGACAGGGCUGCUUGCUGAUCUCUUGCCCAGUUUUGCUGUGGAGAUUAUGCCAGAGUGGGUCUUUGUGGGCCUGGUGAUCCUAGGAGCAUUCCUGUUCUUCCUCCUGGUGGGGAUCUGCUGGUGCCAGUGCUGCCCACACAGCUGCUGCUGUUAUGUCCGCUGCCCCUGCUGUCCUGAGUCCUGCUGCUGUCCUCGGGCACUGUAUGUAGCAGGCAAGGCAGCAAAAGCUGGGUACCCUCCUGCAGUCUCUUCCAUGCCAGGUCCAUACUACAUCCCCAGUGUUCCUGUAACUGGUGUCCCAUCUCCUGCCGUGCUGAUGGAUAAGUCGCACCCCCCUCCCUUAGCCCCAAGUGAUGCCAGCGGAGGAAGCCAAAAUGUGCGCAAAGGGUACAGGAUCCAGACUGACAAGGAAAGGGACUCCAUGAAGGUGCUGUACUAUGUUGAGAAAGAACUGGCUCAGUUUGAUCCAGCUAGGAGGAUGCGAGAACGAUAUAACAACACCAUCUCCGAACUCAGCUCUUUGCAUGAGGAUGACUUGAACUUCCGUCAGCCAUACCGCCAGAUGCGAAGGAAACCUCUACCUCCUGCGGGGGACCUGGAUGGCGAUGCUGAGUACUGGGCAGGAGUGAUGAGUGGGGGCAGCACGUCAAGAUCACAGGCUGCUUCCGAUUAUAGAGAUGAACGGGACAGUUUCCGGCACAGCCAGCAGAGAUCCAAGUCUGAGAUGUUGUCCCGUAAGAGUUUCUCUGUGGGAGUGCCGGCCGUGUCUAUGGACGAACUGGCAGCCUUUGCGGAGUCCUACAGCCAGCGGACCCGGCGGGCAGACAGCCAGGAAACUCGGCGUUUUGAGCGAUCAGAGUCACAUGGCGGCCGCAUCGGAGGGCUGCCCCACCAGGAUAGCUCCAUGGAUGAGUAUUACACCAAGCAUAGCAGAGGGAACCGAGAGCCGCUGACGGACUCGGAUCGGGGCUGGUCAUACAGCCCACCUCGGAGACGGGCCCAUGAGGAGAAGCACUUGCCUAGGCUGGUGAGCCGGACGCCUGGAGGGAGCCAGAAAUACGAUCACUCCUACCUCAGCAGUGUCUUGGAGAGGAAAUCCCGGAGCUACGAUGAGAACGGUGACCAUAGUGAAACCCCCACAAAGCUUAGCUCACAGCCCAGCCAGAGAGGAGGGGGAACUUACUAUGCCUGGUCACCACCCUCUACCUACAAAGCUGAGAAGUCACAGCAGCAACCACAGCAGCCACCAACGUCGUCUGAGCAGGAGGAAGAGGAGGACACCCUGCCCCCAUACAGCGAGAGGGAGCUGAGCCGAGGCCCUUCGUACAGGGCCAGGGAGCAGGCUUACCUCAAUGCCUCUGAUAAGAAGAGGAAAAAGGACCCCAAGAAAACAAACGAUUUCCCAACGAGGAUGUCCCUUGUGGUUUGAAGUUGUUCUGGACAUGUCAUGCUGAUGCACUGGAUACCCUGAGAUGACUGCAGUGGAAAAGAUACAGAGCAACAAGGGAGACAGGCCUCUGUGAACCUUCCCAACCACUAGCCAUGGACUCUUUGUUUCAAUUGUUUGUUUCAUCAGAGGAGUGGAGGCUUUUGUAAGAGACAAGCUCCCAUGAACAGCACUGGAUCUCAGAGGCUCUGGGAAUCUGCCAGGAAAAUGAGGCCAAGGCUUUCUCUGGCACACUGCUUUCCAGUGCCCUUCGUUCUGUGCUGGAAGGCAGCCAUGUCCCUGCUUUCCGUGCAGCCCUGAACUUUGUGCUGCCUUUGUGCCUCUUACCCUGUCCUGUGUGCAGAGAGAGGCGUGUGUGCGUACCUCUUGCUCUCUUGGUCUACUCAGUUCUCUGUUUGGAUCAAAAAUGUCUCCAUAUGUACGCUUAGGGCCUUUUCUGUGUCAUCCUCAUGCUGAGAGGAGGCCUUGUUCUUACAGCUGUGGACUGCCUCCAGCUGAUCGGGCCCUACGUCUUGAAAGAAAAUCUGGAUCCUCUCAGACACUGUAGAAGAGGACUGAUGAGGUGUUAGUUUGGCAAGGGCUGAACACAGAGAGACAAUUAUGGGCUGAUUUGUUCAAUAUAUUUAGUUUUGUUCAUUGUGUGAUGAGAGUUGCAGGUGAGAUUGAUGUAUUGUUUUGAAAGUGGAUCAAAGUAUCUUUUAUUGUGAUGAGAGCAUGAUGUGUUUUUUCCUGGAUCCCCAACUGUGAUUUGCUUUGAUACAGUUGCAUUUUCUUGGAGCUGAGAUAUGACCCCAUGGAGCUUCAAGCUAGAACAUCUACUCUACCGUAUGAUAAGCAGUGCUGCAGCCCAGCUGGCGCUCUGCUUCCAGCACCACCUGACAUUCUACAUACUGAGUGGCCUUUUUGUUUUAAAGAAGCAAAAAGAGGAAAGUCUCAGUGAGAGGGCAGACGCAGAUCUUAUUCUGUGCUACUGGUAUUGCUCCUUUCUGGGCAUUGUUUCCAGAUAUUGAAGAGAGCAGUAACAGCAAUGGAAAACUGGAUGAACACAAGCUUUGAAAGUCACCUUUUUCACUUACAACCAUUUCAUUCUCUUCAGUUGUGACAUGGUUUUAGUGGCAGUUGUCUCAGGAACAGCUGAAUUUAGAAGUGAGUCCUUCACACCAUCUGGCUGGUUUUCAUAGGGUACAAUGCAGCCGUUUCUUUAAUUUUUAGCUGCUUAAAUCACUGUGUGAAGGAAGAUGAUGGGAACAUUUAAAGGUUCGGUAUCUCAAUCCCUAUUACGCCAAGAAACAACUUAGUGUCAUAUUGUGUUAUGGACCUUGUCAGCCACUGAAAUGCUGUCUCUGUUAACUAUGGAAAUUUGAGGAGCUGUCUGGCCUCAGGUGCUUACUCACCAUACUUUUUCAAACACAGGAUUUACUAAUAUCAUUGCAGUUCUCCAUAAAAAAUGAUAGAUUAAUUUUGAUAUUACUCCUUUGCCAGAUCAGUUCACCAGGAAUGAUCAGGAGAGAAAGAAUAAUCUCCACAGAUUCAAUAACAUUGCAGUUUUCGUGCUGGAAGGUGAAUUGAUGAAAUGAUGGCAUUCUUUUCCCACACUUUUCUAGCGGUGGCUAAUCUUGGAAAUCCCAGUCCUGAGUCAUAUUGGCCAGAGAAGGAUUGGCCUGCAGGGGCAUACCAUCGUGGAAUCACAGAAUGGUUUGUGCAAGAAAGAAUCUUUAAAAAUCAUCCAGUUCCAACCCCCAUGCCAUUUGCAGGGACACCACCACCAGGUCGGGUUGCUCAAAGCACCAUCCAACCUGGCCUUGAAUACUUCCAGGGAUGGAGCAUCCACAACCUCUCUGGGCAACCUGUUCCAGUGCCUCACCACCCUCAUAGUAAAGAAGUUCUUCCUUAUAUCUAAAUCUAAAUCUCCCCGCUUUCAUCUUAAAACCAUUUCCCCUGGUAAAAAGGGUCUCUGUCUGUCUUGUAAGCCCCUCUAAGUGAAGGGCCACAAUACUACUACGAGAGUCUCCUCGGAGCCUUCUCCAGGCUGAACUUCAGCUGUCUCAGUCUUUUCUCAUAGGGUCCAGCCCACUGACUGUUUUCAUGGCUUUCCUCUGGACCUACUUCAACAGGUCCAUGCCUUUCUUGUGCUGGGGACUCCCAAAGCUGGAUGCAGAGCUACAGGUGGGUCCCACCAGAGCACGGUAGUGGGGCAGAAUCAUCUCCCUGAACCUGCUGGCUACAAUUUUUCUGAUACAGCUCAGGAUACGGUUGGAUUUCUGGUCUGCAAGUGCACAUGGCUGGCUCAUGUCCAGCUUCUGAUCCACCAGUGUCCCAAAGUCCUUCUUUGCAGGGCUGCUCUCAAUCCAUUCAUCCCUCAGCCUGUACUCAUAUUGGGGAUUGUCCCAUUCCAGGUGUAGGGCCAUGUGCUUGGCCUUGUUGAACCUCGUAAGAUUCACAUGGGUCCACUCCUCAAGCCUGUCAGGUCUCUCUGGAUGGCAUCCCUUCCCUCUAACGAAUCAAAUACACUACUCAGCUUGGUGUUGCCAAAGAACUUGCUCUGCGUGCACUCAGUCCCACUGGCUAUGCCAUUCAUGAAGAUAUUUAGCAGUACUGGUCUUAAUACAGACCCUCGAUGAACACCACUUGUUACUGAUGUCUAUUUGAACACUGAGCCAUUGACUGCAGCUCUCUGGAGUCCAGACAAUUCCUUAUCCAUUGAGUAGCCCAUCAGACCCAUAUCUCUCCAAUUUAGUGACAGGGUGCUGUGUAAGACUGUGUCAAAGGCCUUGCAGAAGUCAAGGUAGAUGGCAGAACUUGCUCUUCCCCUUAUCCACCAAUGCAGUCACUCUAUUGUAGAAGGCCUCCAGAUAGUCAGGCACAAUUUACCCUUUGUGAAGCCAUGCUGCCUGUCUCUAAUCACUACCCUGACAUCCAUAUGCCUUGACACAGCUUCCAGGAGGAUCUGUUCCAUGAUCUUAGUGGGAACAGAGGUAAGGCUGACGGGUCGGUAGUUCCCCGUGUUCUCCUUUUACCCUUUUUAAAAAUGGGUGUGUAUUUCCUUUUUUUUUCCAGUCACUGGGGACUUUGCCUGACUGCCAUGACUUUUCAGAUAGGGAGAGUGGCUUAGCAACUAUAUUUGCCAGCUACAUGCCAACCACAUCUACUUGUAUUGUGAGUGGGAAAACUAAAUUCUAAAUAGUCUCAUCUUUUCUGAUCUUAAAUAUAUAUUCCUAGGAAAAUGAGCACAGUUAACGAGAAGUAGGCAGGUGGUUGCCAUCUGAAGUCUCCAUGGCCUUGAGAGAAUGUACAGAGCUACACUACAUGUUAUUUUGAAUUUAACAUUUCAUCCCUGAUGAAUGAUAGUAGCAGCAAGAAAUGUUGCUAUUUUGUUAGUCUGAAAACCUUGGGAACCCCUAUGCCAUGGAUAUCAAGGGAGUUGAGCUUGCUCUCUCUUCCAUCAGACAGCCAGCGGCUCUAGGAAACAUUUUACAUAGAAAUUUGAAAGUGCCUGUGUAACAAUGACUACGUCAGAAAGGGGCCAAACAGUGAUUUAAAAGUCUCUGAAUACCUGUAUCUUUUAAAUGAUAUUGAAAGCCAGACUGCCACAAUCUCCUCCUCAUUUCAGUUAUGCCUGUCCCUUAUCUCAGUCACUGUAGUUAAUUUGAUCAAGCCCUCAGGAAUGAGUCAUGUGUGUUAAAAAUACAAGCCUUGGCGUUUAUUUGAAUCAUUUUUAUUUGCUUGACUUUAAGGCACUUGUACACUGUGCGUGGGAACUUGCCAUUUUAUAUAUCUAGCUUAUAAAUAAGUAGUUGUAAGCUAAUUCUCUUAAGAGAACUAUUUCAAUUGUAGAAACAACUGUUUGUAAGAGCUACCCAACAUUUCUUUUGAUCCAAAUACCUGGAAAAGUAUUGAAGAUUUUAUGAGCAGAGAUUCAGCGAGUUUUACCAGAUGAUAAAAAUGUCAGCCUCAAAAAAAAGAGCAGGUCUUAAUUCCUGGGCAGCACCCAUCAGUUGGCUCUGCCUUUGCUCUAAGAUUUUAGAUUUCAUAUCUCCCUAUACAAACCUGAAUGAAUUUUCAGUUGCUGAUAGUGUCUGUCUUCAGGCCAUCUUUAUUUUUCCCAUUAGAAAUGCGUCCGCAGUAGCACCAAAUGGACGAAAUCAAAAAGUGAGGAGCAACGUAGAGGAGGGCUUCCUUUCUCUACAGCUGCACAACCCUAAUGACCCAUGACUCUCGUAACAGAGGGGAGUAGGGGGCCAGAUGCUAAAGGAGGAGCUGAGAAGGAACCACUUAUUUCAGAGAAGAAGCAGUGGUUUGUGUCUGUGCCAUCUCUCAGAACACCUGCACUGGAAAAAUAAUGAGCCUCAUUAUUAUUGGGUCUCAAAUUAUAAAUUCUCCAGUGAUCUAUUUUUAUUGUUGGCAUAAAAUUAAAAUCCUUUUUAUACAGGAUAUAGAUGUCUGGGUCAUGUCAAGGACAUGGAUGGUUUUGUGGCCUUACAAUGAAGCAUCACAACAGUUACUUGCUAAGAUGGUAACUGAGAUGAUGAGUGAAUCCUGUAAAAAAAAAAGCCUUUGGAGGAACAGGAGGACCAAGCACCAGUGGUAAAUUUGGCUGUGCGGUCAAAAAUGUGAUCUGGGCUACUGAAAAAAAGUCUUGACAUAAUGGAACGUGAAUACAAAUACCAAUAGUCAUGACUUCUUGACAAUCCCACUAUUCCUUUAGAGUACAUUGUAAAAAUUCCAGGGACUAGCUUCAGUACGAAUAUCCUCAGACUGCUUCAUUUCCACUGAAAUGGAAAUGUAAGAAAACUAGCACUUUGAAUACUUAAAAACUUUGAGAAACUCCAACAUAUGUCACCUGAGACAGAAUUACAGAAUCAUAGAAUGUGUAGAGUUGGAAGGGACCCACAAGAAUCAUUGAGUCCAACUCCUGUCCUUGCACAGGACAACCCCAACAUUCACACCCUGUGUCUGAGGGCGUCAUCCAAAAGCUUCUUGAAUGUUGUCAGGCUUGCUGCUGUGACUGCUUCCCUGGGGAGCUGUUCCAGUGCUCAACCACCCUCAGAGUGAAGAACCUUUUCCUACUAUCCAACCUAAACCUCACCUGCACAUCUUCCUGCCCUUCCCUCUGGUUCUACCAUUGGUUGCCACAGAGAAGAGAUCAGCACCUGCUCCUCCUCUUUCCCUUGUGAGGAAGCAGUAAAGUAUGAUGAGGUCUCCCCUCAGUCCUCUCUUCUCCAGUCUGAACAGACCAAGUGACUUUAGCUGCUCCUCAUAGGGCUUAUCCUCUAAACCCCUCACCACCUUUGUAGCCUGAACCACCUUGUGGUUAGUGAUUGCUCAGCUCUCCAAAUUGUCCAGAUCCCUCUGCAGGGGGGGUGUUUGUGCUGGUGUAUAAUAGAGGGGACUGCAAUUGUAAGCAUCCCAGCCUUUGUUACUCUCACUAAGUCAGAGAUGGCCAUCAGCAGCGUGCCCCAGGCCCAACUCACCUUCCCUGCAGCCAGCAUCGGUAGCUGUGCGCGCUGAGUUUUCCCAAGAGGUCCCAGCUCCAGCUGCAAUGUUAGGUCCCUACAUAGCUCACUGAAUUGUGGUUUUCCUUUUGGCACUUUUGUCACUCAGGGUAUCUACUGCCUGUGGAUCAGCAGUUACAUUGCUUUUCCAGCAAGUCCUCUGUGGGCAGGCAGUACUAGUUCACCUGUAACACUAGACAAAUGGUUUUGCAAUCACCAAAGAGACUUUUACAUGCCAGUCCUCUCCAGAGUUACCUAAAACUGGCUGGAGAAAUUUGUGGAAGGGAGUAACAAAGAAAGUAUUCGGCAUUGUAAGAUGGAACUGGCCUUUUGCAGGGAGGAGACAAGGGGCAUUCUCAGAGCAUUUUUUUCAGGGGAGUUACCCACACAUGGAUGCCAUCACUGAGCUGUACUUCUUCCAGUAACAGUGUUUUGACAUUGCACAAAAAACCCGUUGCUUGGUCAAGUUGCUGGCCUGCUCCUGUAGUUCCAGGUUGUCUUGAGAAAAGUAACUGCUGACACUCCGUAUACUCGAAAAGGACUGUCUUUUUGACCUUAGGUCUUUCCCAAAGUGGCUUCUCUGGAGCAGGACAGCUCCAGGGCUCUACAAGUAUAGGUCCCUGAGAGAUAACAAUCACAAACAGUUUAGAAGGGGGUUGGAGCUGGAUGAUCAUGGAAUUAUAGAAUAGUUUGGGUUGGAAGGGACCUUAAAGAUCACCCAGUUCCAACCCCCCUGCCAUGAGCAGGGACACCUCCCACCAGACCAGGCUGCCCAAGGCCCCAUCCAACCUGGCCUUGAACACCUCCAGGGAUGGGGCAGCCACAGCCUCCCUGGGCAACCUGUGCCAGUGCCUCACCACCCUCAUGGUGAAGAAAUUCUUCCUUAUGUCUAGUCUAAAUCUGCCCCUCUUCAGUUUAUACACAUAGAAAUGAUCUUUAAGUUCCCUUUCCACCCAAACCAUUCCAUGAUUCUAUGAAAUCAAACUUUUACCACAGAAUUUUACAGGUACAUAAAGACAACACCACAGUGUUUGUCAUGCCUGGGUUAUUCUGAAAAUACUUCUAAUGUCAUGGAGAAUUUUGCUGAGAAGCUGCUUGAGCUAUCUUCCUUUUUCUCCAGGGACCUGUCACGCAAAGAUGUGGGUGAGAAGGUGUUCUGUGUCAGUAAGUACAGGGUUUGCGACAUGUGAAAAGAGAAGCUAAAGGAGCUUUAUCUCAUUUCUUGACAGGGUCCAGGAGAAAAGAGACCUUUGGCAUAAGCCAGGUAGUGCAGCUCUGACUUUGUGACUCCAUAAAUCUCUGCAGUACGGCAUCUCCAUUGGGCUAUAUAUUGGCCAUAUGUGCUUUCUACAACAGCUGUGGCAUUGAAACCACUCUUGUUGCCUGGUGCUCCUAAAGGCCCUUUCUUAUUGCCUGGGAGAUCAGAAAAGAGAUUCAUUACGUAAUGUGACAGGGAAGCUAUCAUUUGAUGUGAUCUUCAAAAUGCCAGGUGGUUUUACCAGCAUUAGAAACCGAAAAAUCUCGAGAAUAAAAUUAACUAACACUAAAGGAAUGAAUCCGCCAUGAUUCCCAUAUGAACGCUCUUUUGACCUUCAUAAUUGCUUUUUGACAUUCAUCCCUGCCUGCACUGGGAGGGAGCACUUUGCCAGGAGAAACCUUCACCUCCUCUCCCUUUCUGCCUGUCGUUUUUGUCAUGUUUCUAAUCCCUUUCUGACCCUCUUUGCUUUCCUUGGCUAUUUCCAGUUAACCUACAGCGUUGCGCCUAGGCGUUCCCGUCAAUUUAGAUGUAGAGUGAGUGGCAUUUUGUAAAAAGACAUUUUUACUCUUAUAAAAGCAAAAAUUACAGAAUACACAAAGAAAAACCCCAAGCCCUCCAGAAAUUCUCUCAAGCCCAAGCAGGGGUGUUACUGGGAGCAUUUUAAAAAUUAAAUCUGAACAUAAUUUCAAAACGAGGAAGUGUUGUUUUCAACCCCAGGGCAGCUGCAGUCAGAGCUCUGAAGUGCAAAACAACAGGAGUAAACGCAUUCAGUUUUCAUUGUCCUUGGUGAGAGCAGUAGCAGAGAAAAGCAGCAUUUCAUGAGUCACGGAAAGCAAAUGGGAUUCCAAGAUGCUAUUAGUUAUAUUUAGGAUUAAAAGUAUAGAUUAGAAGUUCACAGGCUCAUUUUAAAAGCAAGAUUCAAUUAAAUGGCAAGGUUUUAAUCUGUAAUGCCUGGUGUUGGCUUUCCACCACACUUGCUCACUUUAUAUAGAAAAAUAUUUUUGUUUUUUUUCUGCAAAGCCUCUCCUAGUGCUCUGAGAACAACGUGCCCUCCGUGCCCCAUGUGCCAAAAUGAACUCAGAGGUGAAAGGAGCCUCUUUUGCACCCUGUCCCAGGCAGACUGUCCACAGAGCAGCAAUGCUGUCUCCAUCCUGCAUCCCGAUAGACUCACCUUUAGUUCUGUUUGUACAAGGUAUACAGCGCAGAGACUCUGGGCUGGGAUCUAGGUGCCCGCUCCUCCUGGCUUUUCCUAGACCCUGCUGAAAGCCCCAGCCCAGGGCUAUAGACCUCUUGCUGUCUAUCAGUGAGCUGGGUUGUUUUCUUUUUUUUGCAGCUGUUGCUCACCUACAACAGCCAUUUGCCUCUCACAAUGCAGAGAGCGGCUUUCUUCGCUGUACUCAUUACUUUACUUAGAUUGUCCUCUCCUGUAGUGAACCUGUUUUCAAAAGGGGAGUAGAAGGAUGUAAUAAUACUCUGUAUAAUGAAAAUACGACACUUUAAUAGCUUUUUGGGAUACAUCCUCAUCUGCAGUUACCAAGCAUUAUGCAUUUGCCAUGCCUGCAGUUUCAAAGUUGUUGCUUUUGAGUUGUCACCAUGGAGAAUAAAAGCAGGAAAAGCUACUGCCAAUCUGCCUUUUUAUUAUCCUGCAGGCAAACAAUUUGCCCACUUUUUGCUAAGAAAUCAGCAGUUUACACGAGCAAUUUUCAGCCCCUUUUUUUUUGAUUAAUGGAUGACAAACUGAAAAUUUUCCAGUGGAGCCGCAGACCCAUUCAUAAAUUUCAUCCCUAACCCACAAGAUAACACAUACAGACACAUUCUGCCCAGCUUCCCUUCAUACAAGAAAUACCUACAAGUACCCCAUGGAGCCACACUGCUUCACAGAAAUGGAGAAACUCCCCCCUGGCUUCGCAG